AGCGCUGCCAUCAGUGAAGAAUGGAGGUGCGGGGUCCUCGGAGGAAUCGCAGCUACCUGUCUGAUCUCUAUGAGAACAUGCUGCGGGCUCAGGAUGCAGCAGGACGAGAACAGCAGCAGCCCUCAAUGGUACGUCCGAGCAGCAGCCCAUGUCUUGUGAGCCAUACCCCAGUCAAGGUGGCAGCCCAGCCUCAUCAGCCUCAGAGCAGCACUUCCAGCAGCUGUGAUCCAGCACUGCGGCCUAUCAUCCGCCGCCGAGCGAGGUCUUUGCCUACAACACCUGAAAGAAGGAAGCGAGUGCAGUGUCAGGCGCCUGUGUGCCAGAGCCGCAUGAACAAGGUGAGAUUUGCUGAUGCUCUGGGUUUGGAGCUGACUGAAGUCAAAGUAUUUCAGAAAGGGGAGGAUCCUUCGAUCCCCUUACAUGUCCUUUCCAGGCUCUCCAUUAACUCAGACCUCUGGUACAGCAACUUGGAGUUUACCAUGCAGUACUUAGUCCCUGAUUUCCAGCAGCCUGCAGACUGCAUGGAUUUCUCUGCCCGACUUCAGGAGCAGCAGGUGUGUCUUGAACGAGUGACCAGUUCAGAUCUGGGGGUCAGUGGCACCAUCCAAGUUUGCAACAUUGCUUUUGAGAAGCAAGUAUCUGUGCGAUACACCUUCAACCAAUGGAAAAGCCUCCAUGAAGUGUGUGCUCAUUGGCACAGUAGCAUCUCUGAGAAAAACGGGCAGGAUCAAGUUGAUGUUUUCACUUUUUUUCUCCCUGUGCCUUCUUUCCUCCUUCAGCUGUGCUCUGUGGUCCAGUUUGCAGCAAGAUAUCAAGUCAAUGGGCAGGAGUAUUGGGAUAACAACAAAGGCAAAAACUACAGCCUCACUUGCCGGACUCACCCCCUCAAAAUGCCUAGAGAAUGCGAGGAGAGCUGGAUCCACUUCAUCUGAAUGAAGGAAAGUGGAUGCAGAACAGCUUUGCAGUAGUCUCAGCAGCCCUCUCUUGCGUGGCAUUGCUCUGUGCUCCUUUUUGAAGCCUACCAAACCUGGCAGAGUUUCACGACAGGCAGGUAGCCAGCGACCCGGACGUACUGUUCUAAACCUCUGAAAGUAUAAAGGGCCAAAAAGUGUAGAGCUACAUCUGCUGAAAGCCUGGGUGGUUUCUUGUAAUGUGUGAAUCAAGGCAGAAUGGUUCAAAGGGAUUCUCUCAGGCUAUUUGGAAGAGAUCAAGAGAAGACACUUUAUGUUGCUAGCAAUAUUCUAGAUUGCAUAGAGUAUUUCUAACAGAUCUAUUUUACUGUUUUGUACUGUCUGUUUUUUAAAUGGGCAGUGUAGCUUUACUGUUUUCAUUUCUAACUUUGUAUUAUCACACCAACUCUGGGCACUAUUCCAGUUGCACACAAUUUGCAUGGCAGACACUGUAGGGAAGCACUUACAUAUAUAUAUAUAUAUAUAUACAUAAUUUUUUUUUAAAAGACUGUUACUGUGUUGAGUAUUUCCAUUAGUUUUGGGGUUGGAAAGUAAAGAAAUGUUGUUUUGAGCAAAACCUGCAUGAAAAUUUCCCAUCAGCCCCUGUUUCCCUUUUUAUUAUUAUUAUUUUUAUUAAGUGCCUUAUCUCCACUGUUUGCUGUAGGCAGGGGGAGUGAUUGUUACUAGAGUGUAUGAAGGUACUCUGAUGCUUCAGGGGGAAGUUCGCAUCUUGUUUACCAGAUUUACCAGUAGGCUUUUCCUCCAGGUGGUGGUACAGGAGUUGUCCUUCUGCAGCUGCUUUUACUAAGGAAAACCAGAGAAAUUUUGCACUUGAAUUACGCGUAUGCUCUUACACUCAUACUUGAAAUAGGUAAACUUGUAAAUCAAGCAGAUGUGAGAAAGGAAAGAAAAGACAAUACAUUCAGCUUGUUACAGAACCUUGCAGUAGGAUUCUGUGACUCUGAAUCCUGGCUCCCUGUUUCCCAGCAUCCCACUGCCAUUGCUGUAAUACUUUUUGAAUGCUCUGAUCAGCUACUUUUAUUAUAAACCAGUUGAUCUCUAAGAUUGGAUCCUUUGCAACGCGAAACAGGAACCUCAAAGCAAAAUAAUGCUUUUAAUGGUAAAUUAGUAUUUAAAUGUGUCCUCAGAUUAUCUUCUACAGCAAGGAAAGCAUAGCAACACAAGUACCGCAUACCCAAUACUUUUGCUCUGCAACUUUUAUUCUGAGGAAUUAGUUUGAUCUGAGGUAGGCAACAAGCUUGGUGACAGACUUCAAUCUAGUAAGUAAAAGAUUGUCCAUUUAUUUGUUGGGUUUUUUUGUUUUUUUUUUUUUUUUUUUUUUUUGCCCCACAUACUCAACACUUGCAUGCAGAAUUUAUGGCAUAAAUUUUCAAAGCUGUCUGGGUCAAAUUAUUAGAGCUGCUUUUUGGAAGAACUGUACUAUGAAAAUCAAGCCAUGUUACCAGACAUCUAACUUUAGAUUGCUGCUUAUUCGUCAAAAUCACAAGUGAUUUUUAAAACCACAGUUGUAAUUAACUCAUGGUUGAGUAUGUGCUAAUGCAAAAGGUCCAACAAGUAAUUCUGGAAGUGCAGAAACACUGAGAAAAUUCAAGUGUUUGGCAACUUAAUGUUACUAGUUGGGCUAACUAUUUAUCAGUGCCAGGAUUUGAAGUGAACAGGCUUCCCAGUUCAGUAGUCUUUAGCUUUCAAAGGAACAACUGAUGAAUGAUGGUUCUUUGACCUGCUUAGCACCUCUUUCAGAGUACAGUGAAAACUCAGUUGUAUUGGAAACUGUUGGAACUGACUGUCUUGUCAUACUGGAGAACUCACCCUCUGAAAGUUAAUGUGCACUUACACAUCCACUAUUUUGUUCUUUGUUUUGAAUUGCAUGUUUGUCUUUUCUUCCAAAGCAAUCCAGUGCAUACUACUUUCAGUUAAGAGUUUUCUUUAAGAAAAAAAAAAAAAAAAAAAAAACUUUU